UUGUGACACGGCAGUUGGACUUACACACCAGCAUUUUUUUGUUUUGAAUUUAUAGUACUCAAGUUGUAAUGACAGUGUCAACUAUACAAACUACCCCCGCUAACGAUAACGUCGGCUUCAGACAAUAUAAACUGUACUAUAUUAUUUUUCGUGGGGUGUGGAAGAUACAAUACUGAAUACGUUAUUUCACUGACGUUUCCAUCUGACCAAUGACCGCAGCGAAGCGCUCUUUCACCUGUCAAGAUUAAAAUGAAUUCGUAUCACGUUUUGGAACUGGUGGGAGAGGGCUCGUUUGGUCGGGUUCAUAAAGGGAUGACGACAUUUACAGGCCAAGUGGUGGCUCUAAAGUUCAUGCCAAAGAUGGCUCGCUCAAACAAAGAGCUGCAAAGUCUAAAGAAGGAAAUUGAAAUCAUGAGUAACCUUCAGCAUCCAAACAUCGUAAAACUUUUUGACAGCUUUGAAACUGAAACGGAGGUUGUUGUUGUGACCGAGUAUGCAGAGGGUCAAUUGUUCCAGAUUAUUGAAGAUGAUGGGAGUUUAGCAGAAAGUCAGGUUUGCGAGAUUGCCUGCCAGCUUGUCUCAGCUCUGUAUUAUUUGCACUCCCGCCGUAUUCUUCAUCGAGACAUGAAACCACAAAAUAUUCUCUUUGAUAAAAACGGCGUGGUGAAACUGUGUGACUUUGGGUUUGCGAGGGCAAUGAGCGUCUCCACCAUGGUGCUGACUUCGAUCAAGGGAACGCCCCUGUACAUGUCCCCUGAGUUAGUGGCAGAGAAGCCUUACGACCACACUGCUGACCUCUGGUCACUGGGCUGCAUUCUUUAUGAACUCCACACCGGGGCGCCCCCCUUCUACACCAAUUCCAUCUUCCACCUGGUGCAGCUCAUCGUGAAAGACCCCAUCAAAUGGCCAGACGCUAUGAGCAGCACAUGCAUGAGUUUCCUGAAAGGUUUGUUGACCAAAGACCCUCAGAAGCGACUGUCGUGGCCAGACCUCCUGCAUCAUCCUUUUGUUGCUGAUGGUGUUCAAGUAAUUCCAGACACAGAUGUUUUCAGUCCUCUGACUGUCACGCCUGACCCAGACAUGCUGGCACUGAAACUGAAACAAAUGGCAGAAAAGACGCCACCCAACUCCGGGGAGAGCAGAAUAUUGAGGAAGGUCAAGGAACAGACAAGUCAAAAUAACGCAAAGAAACCAGGUGACAGUGCCAAAGAUAUGAUUGAUGAACUGGAAAGUUCUGCAUUGACAGUAGCGCCCCCUAGCAAUACUUCUUUAGCCUCAAUUCGGUCAACUUCGAAAGCCACUCCAAGAAGUACAUAUCCCAAGAAUCGUACUGGUGGGAGAUCAAGUGUACAAAAAAGGGGUCCGAUCAGUCAGGACUACAAACGAGAGUUCCCCUCAAUAGAGGUCGGGCCACGACUAAAACUAAGGACGCCCAAGAACGACUCUGACGUCACUGCAACUAUGUCUAGUUCUACAACAGUUGACAGUGAGGAAUUCUGGGAGAAGCUUGUCGAGGAGUCAGAUGCAAACCGACAAAAGCAAGAACCAUUGGACUACGGCGCCAUUAUUGUUCAACUGAAAUCCACAAUUUUAGUGUUUAAGCAACAGCUAGGUGAUGGUCUGCUAAAAAACUUGCGGUCCAUUGGCCUUGCGCUGAAGGUCCUGCAGAACCUGAUUCUGACCUCAGACCUUGCCGUGACGAAGCACAUUGGCGGUGAACUUGGACUGCCGUGUCUCUUCGUUGACUUGGUCCACGACUGUGUGGAAAACUGCGAUUUCAUCGAGCAACCGUUGAGUCUGCCAACACUUGGAGAAAUGAUUGUUGUUCUGCUGGUCUACUGGGAGAAGAACCAUGACGGGUUGAGAGCAGAAAAUAGGCCUGAACAAUUCAUCGAGCCGUUCCUGACAAUUCUUAAUCAAGCAGACCUCGAUCCCUUAGCUCCUCUGGCUGCGAGUAUUUUAUCUCUGUUUCGUCAACGCGAUGUUGCUGUUAACGCUGAUGUCAACAGGCUCAGCUCCUUGCUGAAAGAACUUGUCUCUGGUCCACAUCAGCGCCAACUUCCACUGCCACCUGGCUGGGGACUCUGCGACGGCCUCCUCUCUUUACUACUACACGCUCUCUCUGAGCACGAUGAUGGCUCUUCAUGUUGGGAUCCGCUCACUUUUCAUCACAUUUGGGAAGGCAUUGGCACCGCAUUGGCGAGGACAAAGCCAGACAUGGACUUCUGUUCCACAAAUGGACUGCAUUUUCUUAUGCAUGUCUCAUUGUUGGUCUUCUCCAAGGAUCCAUAUUCCUAUAUUUCCCUGUUUUCUGAGAGCAAAUCCACAUUUUUACACACUCUUGCCUGGCUGCUGAGCUCCGAAUGUUCUAUAUUUGCUGAAGGCCAUUCAGGUACAUUUGAGGAGGGUUUGAGUCGCGAGAGCUUGGUCGUGUUGAGCUGUCACUUCCUGUGCCUUCCAUUUGCUCUGGACUUGAAUUCACACAGCACUUCUCGGAUAUUGCACUUGUACGACAGCUGUAAUGUUGUUCAAGGGCUUCUGCAGGUGAUUCAAACGCUUCCUGUUUCAUUAGCGGAGCUGCCACUGUCACUCCUGCGCCGCUUGUUGCUGCGCGACCGUCAGCGUCUUGUUUCCCGCCUCAGCACAGCUGCUCGUGGCUUUUUCUCUGCACCGGCGCUCACUCCAUCGGGUCAGCAGGCACCGAGUAGAACCGCCGGAUCUUUGCUGUCUGAUUUGCUGCAGCCGGAUGAGCUGGGGGACUCUGCUGUAGAACUCCUCUCUCUGUUAUACCUCGUCAGCCGUUUUUGCCCUAACUCCGGUCGCCUCCGGCUUCACCUUGAAUCUUCUGUGUUGCACCAGGCGCUCACGCACUCUUAUGACCCGAUCAAGGCUGCCACGUGCAAGGUUUUGGGAAACCUGUACCCAUUGUGGUCUUCCAAAAUUCCCACUUUACAACUUAACAUUUUUAAAGGCAUGAUAGGGCUUCUUGAGGAUUCUAAUGUGCAUGUGCGGCGGGCGGCUUGCUUGUCAGUUGGGAAAUGGUUGGGUUAUAUUGCACUGGAGGUGAACACAAGAAGGCCCGAUGGAAAUUUAGCCAAUACUGCAGACUGCUUAAGAGCGAAGGGCAUCGACGAUGAUACGCGCAAGCGUUCGAGCAGUGAGAGGGGUGUCGCCGUGGUGACAAUAGUGAACGAGUUAGCUGACGAUGAGAUGAGACAGUGGCUUGCAGAAGCCAGACUGACGGGGGCCACCCUGGCAUCCUUGACCUCUGACCCUGAUGACCGCACUCGUCUCCACGCCUGUGCGGCUCUGGGAAACCUGCUACACGUUGAAGGCGCCGUACCUGGGCUGCUGGAAGAAGACGUGUCCAGAUUUCUCCUGAGAGCCGCGUGCACAGAUUCCCACAAUGUCGUGAGAGAAGCCGCCAUUGCAACUUUAAGUUUGUACGCCCAGCAGAAGGCAAUAAGACAGCUUUUAGUAUCACUGGAUGCCAGACAGAAACUACUUCAGGCCCAGCGUGCACCUCUACAAUGUGACUAUCUUCCUCUUAUUAGACAGCUCCAGACAGAUGAGACUGAUAAGAAUUCAUAAUACUUUUAGUGAGUUACCUUUGUUGUGUCUGCCAGAAAAAGACAAAAUCAAGCAUAUUGCAAUGCUUGCAAUGCACUAAUAAUAUCACUACUAAAAAUCUUUUUAGUCUCGAAAAAAUAAUUCUUGUCUCAAAUAUAUGUAUAUAGGUUUAUGAAUGUUGCUAAAAGAAUGACAGCAAAUCAGGUAAAUAUACAGUAUCUAAGAUCCGAAAUGAACAAAUGUUGCAAAUGUUUAAUAAGAAAAAACAAAAAAAAACAAAGGUCUCAUUCGCCAAGUAAGAUUCAAAGGGCUAUAUAUAGUAAAUGUGAAAGAAGAACAAAAUGUUUAUGAUUUAUAUUUGGUGAUACAGCACGGUGAUCGACUCGUUCGCUCACAUAUGUCAAACUCAGGCCCGGGGGCCAAAUUUGGCCCACCAGGUCAUUAUAUCAAACGUGUAUUAGAACUGGCCCGCCAGUAAAUAGCACAUGCGCCACUAAUAUUACAAAUCCCAGAAUACUUUGCUAGUGCGUCGGCCCAUCGGUCUCGACCGGCGAGCGCCCCUUCCCGUUCUGUUGCAGUCGUUAGCAACUAUGCUACCGGUCUCCUCGAGCCAAUUUACACUUCCCCUUCCCAAAAAUGGCCAAACGAAAGAUGGCAAAGGGUUCGCUUCCAAGACAGGUGGGAGGCAGAUUGUCUGUUGACUAAAGUAAAAGACAGACCGUGUUGUCGUGUGUGGAGCAACGUGGCUGGAACAAAGAAUAGAACAUCAUCGAAUUCAGUUUUUUUUUUUUUUUUUUUUUUUUUUUAUGCCCUUUAUCAACUCCUAGGCAGGGAACGUUAAAAGUUUGAAGUUUGGAUUUUUAUUGAAGGACAUUCUUAUUUUUGGGGGGGUUGUUUUGUUGUUGGCCUUUGAAAAAAGAUUUCCAUCCAAAAGAAAGGCCGUCGGAGAUAGAUAAAUAGACAGAAGAAUCCAUGUUAUCUAUUGAAAUACAAAACAACAAACAAAUACCACUGAUGUCUUUUAUCGCAAAUUUGAUGUCUCGUGUUUAUAAUAUUAAAGUUUGUUUAUUCCAGAUUCAGCGUUUAAGCAAAAUUUUAGUUUGUUCUCAUGAUAAACUUUAACGCUACAUUUCUGCAGAAAAGGGAAACAUGCACAUCGCAGUGAUUUUUCAUUAAAUAUUGAGUUUGGCCCGCGACGUUAUCCCAAUUUUUCCUUUUGGCCCACCGCGAAUUCGCGUUUGACACCCCUGGGUUAGCUCAUCUGCCUAACAGUUCUGAAAAACCCGGCCUCGCCUGUGUAGAGUUUGCAUGUUCUCCCCGUGCCUGCGUGGCUUUUCUCCGGGCACUUCGGUUUCCUCCCACAUCCCCAAAACAUUGAAGACUCUAAAUUGAGUGUGAAUGCUUGUUUGUUUCUAUGUGCCCUGCGAUUGGCUGGCGACCAGUCCAAGGUAAAGUAGGUUUUCGGAAGGUUCGCCACACGAAAUGACUGAAACAUCAGCUCACUGUAUCGGAUCCUCGUAGGCUGGCUUUCAACAGCCUGACUGUAGAUGUUUUUCUUCUCCCCCAAAAUAAUACUUUUUUUAAUA